AAAAUCCGAUCAUUUUGGUAGAAAAAAUUUGAUACUAAAACACACUAUUUGAAAUCACUCAAGUCAAAAGAGGGUGUUCUUGCAUUAUUACAUUACAACAAUCAACGCCGAAUCAAGACCAAUUUUUUUCCUAAGCCCUCCAUCUGCAGUCGGCAGCCGGCAGCGGCGGCGAACCAACUACCACCGAUCUCACUUCUCUUCUCUUUACUCUCAAAUCCCAAAUCCCAAUCCAAGCCAAACCAAAUAAACCCAACUGAAAACUGUUACUCCCUCAACUGGGGUCGAUCAAUUUGAUCUACUUUCAAAACCCUCGAGCAUAGAUUCUGGGAAAGCCCCUCAUCCGCCGGAAAAAAACAUGAACAAUGGCGAAGGUAGUCGAUUGAAUGGGGAAGCCGAUGAAGAAGACGAUGACGACGACGGCAAUGGCGGACUCGCUGCGUGGGAGAGGACUUAUGCGGAUGAUAGGUCGUGGGAAGCCCUGCAAGAGGACGAGUCUGGCCUCCUCCGCCCCAUCGAUAAUAAGGCCAUUUACCAUGCCCAGUAUCGAAGGCGUCUCCGCUCCCUCUCUUCCAUUGCUACCACUGCUCGAAUUCAGAAGGGUCUUAUCCGCUAUCUCUAUAUCGUCAUUGACUUCUCCAGGGCAGCAGCAGAAAUGGAUUUUCGACCAAGUCGAAUGGCAGUGGUGGCGAAACAUGUAGAGGCAUUUGUGAGGGAAUUCUUUGACCAGAAUCCACUCAGUCAGAUUGGUUUGGUGACAAUAAAAGAUGGAGUUGCUCAUUGCCUCACGGAUCUUGGUGGCAGUCCUGAGUCCCAUGUUAAAGCUUUAAUGGGCAAAUUGGAAUGCUCUGGUGAAGCAUCCCUGCAGAAUGGUCUGGAUCUUGUUUGCGGCUAUCUGAAUCAAAUUCCAUCAUAUGGUCACAGAGAAGUCUUAAUCUUAUAUUCUGCUCUUAAUUCCUGUGAUCCUGGGGAUAUAAUGGAGACUAUUCAGAAAUGCAAAACAUCUAAAAUAAGGUGUUCAGUAAUUGGUCUUACUGCGGAAAUUUUUAUAUGCAGACAUCUCUGCCAGGAAACUGGUGGUUCAUACUCUAUCGCACUGGAUGAGUCCCACUUCAAAGAGUUGCUAUUGGAGCAUGCUCCGCCACCCCCAGCAAUAGCAGACUCUGCAAUGCCUAAUUUGAUCAAGAUGGGCUUUCCACAAAGAGCUGCAGAGAGUUCCAUUGCAAUUUGUUCCUGUCACAAGGAAGCUAAAGUUGGAGGGGGCUACACUUGUCCUCGAUGCAAAGCACGAGUUUGUGAGCUGCCGACUGAGUGUCGAAUUUGUGGAUUGACACUGAUCUCCUCGCCCCAUUUGGCUCGGUCAUAUCAUCAUCUCUUUCCAAUUAUACCAUUUGAUGAGGUCUCUGACAAAGUACUUAACGAUCCACGACAUCGACUACCAAAAGUUUGCUUUGGCUGCCAAGAAAGCCUGAUGAACUCUGGCACAGGUAACAGCCAAGGCAUUCGUGUUUCUUGCCCAAAGUGCAAACAACACUUCUGUCUUGAUUGUGAUAUUUAUAUUCACGAGAGCUUGCACAAUUGCCCUGGCUGUGAAAGUUUCAGGCGUCCCAAAUCAGCGGCUUCCAAUGAAUAAACGUCCAGUUGGAUACAACCGCAUGACCUUCCAAAAUCCAAACACAAUAUUCAUUGAUCAUGAUGAUGAUCUGUUCAUUUGGGUAAAAAUGCAGUUAUGAGCUGCUUCGUACCAGCUGUGUUUAGUUUUAUGCAUGACUUGCAAUGAUGAUGAUCACAUUGGUUAUGUUGAGGUUGUCUUUCGAGUUUCGACAGCUCCUCAGACCGACUUCAUAGAGAUGCAAAGCCCGUGCAUGCGACUUUUUCACUUGAUGCCAUUGUUGGGAUUGGCUUAACAUUCAUUGAGACAGAAGGAAAAAGCUCCACCCUCCCCAAGCUGCUGGGUGACAAAUUUCCAAUAGUAAGCUUUACUUAGACUGUACCCAAAGUUGUCUACUAUUUCAUGCAGUUUUGUAGGAACUUGGUAUCAAUUAUCUUGUUUUCAUAUUCUUUUAGUUAAGUUAUUAAAAGAGCCCAUGCCAAAACUUCCUACCACAGUGUGCGGUCGAUUGAGUCGAA